AUGUCUUAUUAUGAUGGGAGGGAAUGGUCGUCUCUGAGGGAUUACUCAAAGCCUGGACAUAGGGCUGGAUUAGCACUAGUCGGUGCGGCCGGCUUAAGCUCAGCGAUCUCGACCUUUUUCCUCCUCAUCUACAUCGCGUGGUACAGCAUCUUCAGCAAAAACCAAGAGCAGCCGAUAGUUCGAGGGAUUCGUUCAUUUGCGCGUAGUGCAUUGGGGGUGUUUUUUAUCUGUUUGCUCCUGUGCGAUUUUGUCCAAGGUGCAGCAUUUGCGUUGAACUUCAAAUGGGCUGCGGAGGGGAGGAUGUACCUUUCGCGUGCUUGUACUGCCCAAGGUGCAGUUUCCCAAGUUGGCGAUGCAGGGGCAGCGAUCUGUGCGGGGUGGAUUGUGAUCAUCGUGCUCCCUAUCGCGGGGCCUUACUUGAUCCAGGACGUGGAGAAAGCUGGGUAUUUUUACGGGCUCUCAGGUGCUUGGUGUUGGCUUGGGGACGGGUAUCAGUUGGAGCGAUUUCUAUACCUAUAUAUGUGGAUCUUUAUCUCGCUUGGUAGUUCCCUCGUUUUGUACGGAUUGGUAUAUCUACGAUUUUCAGGGAGAAUUACUUUCGAGGGCGGUAAAUUCGCCUGGAAGAACUCGGAAAAAGGUUGGGGGCUUGGAUGUAUUUCGUCUUCCGGCUUCCGCGAUUCAUCCUUUAAUUUGUCUGGCCAAUCCGGAUCCGGGUCGAACAACGUACGCCCGCCCGAUUCUAGCGAAAUUAACGGAGUUGGGAAACAUUUGAAGACUAUUGCACGAAGGCUAAUGCUUUAUCCUCUUGUUUAUUCCUUGGUGACUAUUCCGGUAGCGAUUUGUCGCUUGGGCGUUAUGGCUGGAUGGGAGCCUCCUUUUGGGCUGUUCAUUUUUGCUGGUAUUACCUUCUCUAGUUCAGGUUUAACAAAUGUCCUUCUUUUCAUUGCUACUCGACAUUCCUUUAUACAAAAGGUUGCGACGAUCCGGCCCCGUGUGCAUGUAACAACACACCAGGUGACUAUUAUGGAAGAUGCUCGCGGCGCCCAGACGAUACAUUUGCAUGACUUGUCCACGGCCACUCGGGUUGAUGACUUGGACGUAGAUGAGAAAGAUGGGACAUCAGUCAAGUCCAAACACAGCUCUGGGGGUUUGGUGGGCGUCAGAUUCGCGCCGAAAUAA